AUGAUUAAACAUCCCAAGGCAUGUUCAGAGUGUGGGAAAUGUUUUACUAGGAAAGGAUCCCUUGUUAUACACCAGAGACUUCACACAGGGGAGCGGCCAUUUUUAUGCUCAGAGUGCGGGAAAAGUUUCAUUCAGAAAGGAGACCUUGUUAAACACCGGAGGAUUCACACGGGUGAUCGGCCAUAUGCAUGUUCAGAGUGCGGGAAAUCUUUCAAGCAGAAAAGAAACCUUCUUCAACACCAGAAUAUUCACACAGGUGAGCGCCCCUAUUCAUGUACAGAGUGUGGGAAAUGUUUCACAGAGAAAGGAAAACUUCUUCUGCACCAAAGAAUUCACACGGAUGAGCGCCCUUUUUCAUGUUUGAAAUGUGGCAAAUGUUUCCUCAGAAGAAGAUAUCUUCUGAACCACCAAAGAACUCACAUGCGUGAGCGUCCUCAUUUAUGUUCAGAGUGCGGAAAAUCUUUCAGUCUGAAAAGCAGCCUUGUUGAACACAAGAGAAUUCACACGGGUGAGCGCCCUUAUGCAUGUUCAGAGUGUGGGAAAAGUUUCACAGUUAAAGGAGGACUUGUUAAACACCAAAAAAUUCACAAACGUGAGUAUAUCUAUUCCUGUUCUGACUGCGGAAAAGGUUUCACCGAGAGAUAUAAACUUCUCGCCCACCAGAAAGUUCACACACAUCAGGAAUGCGGGAAAAGUUUUAUCGAGAGGGGGAAACUUUCUGAGCACCAGAGGAUUCACUCGUGUGAUCGCGCUUAUUCAUGUUCAGAGUGUGGAAAAAGUCUUAUUCGAAAAGGACAACUUCUCAGACACCAACUCAUUCACACAGAGUGCGGACAAUCUUUCACUCAGGAAGGACACCUUCUUAAGCACCAGAAAAUACACACUAUGGAGCGCCCUGGCUGCGAUCAAAGUGCGGGAAGUGAGAGUCUUCAUCCGUGUUCAGAGUGUGGGAAGUAUUAUACUCGGAAAUCAAACCUUAUGAGGCACCAGAGAACACACGGAGCCACGGAGCGCCCUCAAAACACUUCCAUCAUCAUCUCCAACAAUACGGAUCCAGGAAGUCAGAGAUACAACCCCGGGAACCAUUGUAACCCCCGCCAGCCUCAGAUUCUCCGAGCUGGCCGCCGGCUCUAUAAUUAUGAACAGAGUCCCGGCGGGAGUCUGUUUACCCGUUCAGAAUUCAUGAUGGAAUUUCAUCAAUGA